AUGAGAGACAAGACGAUUCAGUCAUCCACGUUCAACAGUUCCACUGCUGCCAAGAAGGCCAUCGAUGGGAACCGAAGCGGGAUGCCCCAGGACGGCUCCUGUGCGCAAACAGAGGCUGAGACCAACCCCUGGUGGAGGGUCGACCUGCUGGAGUCAUACAGAGUCACAACCGUGACCAUCACCAACAGAGAGGACUGCUGUGCUGAGAGGAUCAACGGAGCUGAGAUCCGCAUUGGGAACUCCCUGGAAAACAACGGCAACAGCAACCCAAGGUGCACGGUGAUCUCUUCCAUACCAGCAGGGGGAGCCAGCACCUUCCAAUGCAAUGGGAUGGAGGGCCGUUAUGUGAAUAUAUUCAGCAGGGCGUACAGGCAGCAUCUGACUCUGUGUGAGGUGGAAGUAAAUGCCGUGCCUGUUCCUGUCGGCAUGGAAUCGGACAAGAGCUGGAAGGGUGAAAAGCAGGCCGAGGCCGAUACCAAGAGCCAAAGGAAGCAGCGCAACCCUUCUGGACUUGGAAACUUCUCCUUCUCCGCCACCGGCACACGGAGGAUCUGUGGCCUCAGUGAGCCUGGAGCCAGACACUGUGUGAAAUAA